AUGCAUAUAUAAACAUAUAUACCAUCAUUCAUCAUCUUGCUUGUGAAGAGCUCCUCAAUUAUCUUUCGCAUAUGAACGAAGAAAUGAAAAGUUAUCAGAAAAUUGGAGUGAGGCAGUACCAGAAAUCUGAUCUCCCACGCCUGCGGUGGACACCUCAACUCCAUGAACUCUUUGUUGAAGCUGUUGAAAGUCUUGGUGGAAAACACAAAGCAACACCCAAGCGCAUUUUGCAGACGAUGAGUGUGAAGGGACUGAAAAUUUCUCAUGUCAAAAGCCAUCUGCAGAUGUACAGGGGCGUGAAUGAUAAUGCACAUUCUCAAGAUCAUAGCAGUAAUGUCUUCUCCAUUUUCUCACCUCAAACUCAAACUCAAAGGCCAUCAGAAAAUUAUUUAAGAUAUGAGGCGCAUGCAAUGUUUUCUGAAACUGAUGAGGAAACAAAAAGACGUAUAUUAACACAAGAGGAAGCUGCAGGCAAGCAACAAAAUCAGGUACUUCAAGCACAGAAGUAUCAUUUGCACCAAACCAGUUUUGAGAAGAAUGCUCAUACCCCAGAACUCAGCAGAUUGUCUAUGGAUGAAGAAACUUGUCAACUAUAUGGAUUUUGUGAGCUUUCGUUAUCAUUUAAUCCGACUGUUACUACCAUGGCGCGGUUCCGAAAAGAAAGCGAGUUGUGGCCUUCUGCUGAUGAACACAACACUUCUCAGUCCAGCUCAACUGGAAAUUUCAGUAACAUUCAGGAUUUCCAAGAGGUUGGAAGCAAUGAUAUAAACUUGGACUUAACCAUUUGAACAUUGUUUCUUCCACUGUAGGAUUUUGUUUUCAUUAUUAAAAAUUGCUCCACUGUACAAAACUUAAUUAAUAUCAAUCAAAUACGAACAUUAUAGAUGUUCAAUUUUGGUCUCAA